UCAAGAAGUGAAGGAGCGGUUACUGUGUCAUGCUAUCAUUGGACGGAAUCCUCACAAAGAGAGAAUAAUGACAGUUGACAUUGUGUGCCUCUUCAUUGCUCCUCUAUUAGAAUUCAGCACCAAAGAAGUGACAUUUAGAAUGGAACAGGAGCCUGACAGUCUGUUGGAAAGGCAUGUACAUGACAUGUUACUGAAGAAUGUGUCUCCAUUGCCAUUAACUGCUUUAUUAAGCUGCAGCUAUCCUUUCAGACUGAGCCUCUCUCAGGAUGAACCAUUCACUGCUAAUCAGAUGUUGUCAUUGGGAUCAAGUGAAGAGGCUGUACUGUCUGUCCAGUAUGAUUCCUCUUAUUGUGUUGAUAGACAGUCCCGUAAUGAGAGCCAGACAAUAGAGAUUGCCUACAAAGAACAUCCUCAGAAGGACUACAUUAAUCUACUAGCCGAGAUCCAUUUCCCUAAUAUUCAUUUCAGUACCACUAAAGUUGAUUUUGGGUGUGUACUAAACAACACUGAAGUGAUGGAGGUAGUCCGUAUGACGAACAACAGUCCACUCGUCGUCAACUAUCGCUGGUACUUCCUUAAAGGGGCCCCAACCCGCAGGGACCCUCUACAUGAUGAUGAAGGUGUCGACAUGCAGAGUGAAAUAGAGACAGACUCCAUCGAAGGCUCUAGCUCUAGUAUUGACGAACAGCAGCAACCUGAAGGGGAGGGAGGAGCUGUCACGCCUCCUAUUAACGUUGUUGAUGUAGAGGAAUCACCACGACCAUCAGAAGGAGAGAAAGAGGAAGAUGAAGGAUCGUUAAAGGGAGUGGGCGUACAUGUAUCAAGGAAACAACGAGAAAGCAUUGGGUUUGAGUUGAGGGUCACUCCUGAGUUUCUAGCAGCAGAGAAGAUAUCAGUUCAUGUGACAGCUCCUAGUGUGACUGAAUCUCAGACCGAGGAUAUCAAUAGAACUGAAGGAGUGGGGGAGGAUAUCAGGGGGAAUAGUGAAGUACCUGUUGUUAUAUCUCAGUCCUUGCCUCCUUCAGAACACAGUGAAUCAACAGUAGAGGUUACUGAAGAGGAGGAGGAGGAGGUAGAAGAGGAGGAGGAGGAGAGGGAACGUCAGCCGUGGGAGAUGGUAGGAGAACCUUUACAGCCAGUCAGCAUUAGACAAAUAUUUGAUAUUUUGCCAUUAUUUGGAGUACUUCAGCCAGGAGAGACUCAGGAUGUUGAGAUGAGCUUCUUUGGUCAUACUGACGUGUCUACUGAAGUGAGGGCUGUAUGUAAAGUGGAAGGAGGCCCAGUCUAUGAGCUGGUACUGGCUGGUGAAGCUUCUGAUAUACAGUAUAGAAUAAAUAAAAAGAAAAUACGUCUUGGAAUUGUGCCUUAUGACAGUCUUUGUUGUGAGGAGAUAACACUGAGCAAUAUUGGAAAGGUAGCACUUGAUUUCAAGGUACUUGGAGCUGUUGAUGGUGAGCAGUUGGAACCAGGACAAUUCUCUGUAUCACCAACACAAUAUUAAUCAAAAAGGACUUACGUUAUUAAGAUCUGAACCUGAUCUACUGAGAAUAUUAAUGUGGCUAGCUAAAGAGGAUGUUUACAGUACAGUGUCAUUGUAUUGUCUCCAGUUGGUACAGUCACUUAUUCUUGAGCCAUUGACUCCAGCACUAAUGCAGCAAGUAAUGGAAUCAGUUACUCCUGAGCUACUACAAGAAUUUGCUUCUUCUAAAAGUGAAGAGUUUAAGCAAGUGGCUUGUGAAUUAAUGGUUGAUAUUCAAAGGCUUCAAUGACAAUACAUUUAUUCCAAGACACAUGCUGUUUCUAAUAAUUAUUGAAUGUAUAAUAGCCUGUCAAGUAUUUAUGUUACAA